AUGCAGGAGUUCCUGGUGGACUGCAGGGUGCAGUGUCACGGGCUCAGGGCUUGGAGGGAGCUCCAGCAGAGCUGUUUGCUCUGGGACAAGGGAGGAGAACCUUCCUGGCCAGUGUCUGUAGCUGAUGUCUUGUUCCUUCUCGUGUCCUGUGUGCCUGCAGAGAUCCGAACGCAGCUGGUGGAGCAGUUCAAAUGCCUGGAGCAGCAGUCGGAGUCGCGCCUGCAGCUGCUGCAGGACCUGCAGGAGUUCUUCCGCAGGAAGGCCGAGAUCGAGCUGGAGUACUCCCGCAGCCUGGAGAAGCUGGCUGAGCGCUUCUCCUCCAAGAUCCGCAGCUCCAGAGAGCACCAGUUCAAGAAAGAUCAGCACCUCCUGUCCCCUGUGAACUGCUGGUACCUGGUUCUGACGCAGACCCGUCGGGAGAGCCGAGACCACGCCACCCUGAACGACAUCUUCAUGAACAAUGUCAUCGUCCGGCUGUCGCAGAUCAGCGAGGAUGUCAUCAGGCUCUUCAAAAAGAGCAAGGAGAUUGGCCUCCAGAUGCACGAGGAGCUCCUGAAGGUCACCAAUGAGCUCUACACGGUGAGCACCUGUCCCAGUGUCCCAGAAAAGCAGUUCAACAAGUCAGGGGACAUCAGUGUCAACCUGCUGCGACAUGAGGACCGGCCUCAGCGGCGCAGCUCCGUCAAGAAGAUUGAGAAGAUGAAAGAGAAGAGACAAGCCAAGUAUUCUGAAAACAAGCUGAAGUGUACAAAAGCCAGGAAUGACUACCUGCUGAACCUGGCAGCCACCAACGCAGCCGUCAGCAAGUACUACAUCCACGACGUGUCCGACCUCAUCGACUGCUGCGAUCUGGGAUUCCACGCCAGCCUUGCUCGCACCUUCAGGACAUACCUGUCUGCUGAGUACAACCUGGAGACGUCGCGCCACGAGGGCCUGGACGUCAUCGAGAACGCCGUGGACAACCUGGACGCGCGCAGCGACAAGCACACCAUCAUGGACAUGUGCAACCAGGUCUUCUGCCCGCCGCUCAAGUUCGAGUUCCAGCCACACAUGGGGGAUGAGGUGUGCCAGGUGAGCGCCCAGCAGCCUGUGCAGACCGAGCUGCUGAUGCGGUACCACCAGCUGCAGUCUCGGCUGGCCACCCUCAGGAUAGAGAACGAAGAGGUACGGAAAACGCUGGAUGCCACGAUGCAGACCUUGCAGGACAUGCUGACAGUGGAAGAUUUUGAUGUUUCAGAUGCCUUCCAGCACAGCCGCUCCACUGAGUCGGUCAAAUCAGCUGCAUCAGAGACCUACAUGAGCAAAAUCAACAUUGCCAAGAGGAGAGCCAACCAGCAGGAGACUGAAAUGUUCUAUUUCACUAAAUUUAAGGAGUAUCUGAAUGGCAGUAACCUCAUCACGAAGCUCCAGGCCAAACACGACCUGCUGAAGCAAACUCUAGGAGAAGGUGAAAGAGCUGAGUGCGGAACAACCAGGCCCCCAUGUCUUCCCCCUAAGCCACAGAAAAUGAGGAGACCUAGGCCUCUCUCAGUCUAUAAUCAUAAACUCUUUAACGGCAAUAUGGAAACAUUCAUUAAGGAUUCAGGACAGGCCAUUCCACUUGUUGUAGAAAGCUGCAUCCGCUACAUCAAUCUGUAUGGCCUGCAGCAGCAGGGCAUCUUCAGAGUCCCUGGCUCCCAGGUGGAAGUCAACGACAUCAAGAACUCGUUUGAGAGAGGUGAAGACCCCCUUGCUGAUGAUCAGAACGAACGAGACAUUAACUCAGUGGCUGGAGUCUUGAAGCUGUAUUUCCGAGGACUGGAAAACCCCCUCUUUCCUAAGGAAAGGUUUCAAGAUUUGAUAUCUACUAUAAAAAUUGAGAACCCUGCAGAGAGAGUGCACCAGAUCCAGCAGAUCAUUGUCACUCUGCCUCGGGCUGUCAUCGUGGUCAUGAGAUACCUCUUUGCAUUCCUUAACCACUUGUCACAGUACAGCGAUGAGAACAUGAUGGAUCCCUACAACCUGGCCAUCUGCUUCGGGCCCACGCUGAUGCACAUUCCUGACGGGCAGGAUCCGGUGUCCUGCCAGGCCCAUGUCAAUGAGGUCAUCAAAACCAUCAUCAUCCACCACGAGGGCAUCUUCCCCAGCCACCGAGAGCUGGAGGGGCCUGUCUACGAGAAGUGCAUGACCGGAGGGGAGGAGUACUGUGACAGCCCGCACAGCGAGCCGGGCACCAUCGAUGAGGUGGACCACGACAACGGGACCGAGCCGCACACCAGUGACGAGGAGGUGGAGCAGAUUGAAGCCAUAGCCAAGUUUGACUACAUUGGGCGAUCUCCACGGGAGCUCUCCUUCAAGAAAGGGGCCUCACUGCUGCUGUACCAUCGGGCGUCGGAAGACUGGUGGGAAGGGAGACACAACGGGGUGGACGGGCUCAUUCCCCACCAGUACAUCGUGGUGCAAGACAUGGACGAUGCGUUCUCUGACAGCCUGAGCCAGAAGGCAGACAGCGAGGCGAGCAGCGGGCCGCUGCUGGACGAUAAAGCCUCCUCCAAGAACGACAUCCAGUCACCAACAGAUCACAUCAUGGACUAUGGCUUUGGGGGAGUGAUGGGCAGGGUGAGAUUGAGGUCUGAUGGUGCAGCCAUUCCCCGGCGCCGCAGCGGGGGGGACACCCACAGCCCGCCCCGAGGCCUGGGGCCCGGCAUAGACACCCCUCCUCGAGCAGCAGCCUGCCCCAGCAGCCCCCACAAGAUCCCCCUCAACAGGGGCAGGAUCGAGAGUCCUGAGAAGCGCAGGAUGGCGACGUUCGGCAGCGCGGGCAGCAUCAAUUUCCCAGACAGGAAGGCCCUGGCUGACAGCCACCCGCUGAGGUCGACCUGUGGCUCCACCCGGCACAGCAGCCUUGGAGAUCAGAAAUCCCUGGAAGCAGAAGCUCUUGCUGAGGACAUCGAGAAGACCAUGAGCACGGCGCUGAACGAGCUGCGGGAGCUGGAGAGGCAGAACACGGCCAAGCAGGCGCCCGACGUGGUCCUGGACACGCUGGAGCCCAUGAAGAACCCCCCGCUGGGCGCCGCCAACUCGGAGCCGGCCAGCCCCCUGCACACCAUCCUGAUCCGGGACCCCGAGGCGGCCAUGCGGCGCAGCAGCAGCUCCACCACCGAGAUGAUGACCACCUUCAAGCCGGCGCUGUCGGCCCGGCUGGCCGGGGCGCAGCUGCGGCCGCCGCCCAUGCGGCCGGUGCGGCCCGUGGUGCAGCACCGCUCCAGCAGCAGCAGCAGCUCGGGGGUGGGCAGCCCCGCCGUCACCCCCACCGAGAAGCUGUUCCCCAGCAGCUCGGCAGAUAAAUCGGGCACCAUGUAGGCUGGGGCACGGGGACUGCGGCAGCCGGACGCCGGGAGCGGGGCGGGCGCGGCGGAGCCUCGCUGGGUGGGCAGGGGGGCAGAGCCCUGCCCGGGGAGCCUCUGUGGAAGGAAACACGCGUGGGGCCUGUACAUACAUGUGUGUAUGCACAUAGGUGUGCACACACCCCAUCCAUGCAGAAACACUUCCUGAGCUUGCAGUCCUACAGCAGGAGGAGACGGCAGGUCUACGUGUUGGCACUGGAGAGCACACUCAGUGUAGAAGGAUAUAUUAAAAACAAAGUGUACAGAAUUCAGUGACUUUUUAAAACAGUAGAUUUACCUCAGAAACUGGCUCUGAAAUGUCCUCUCUUGAGACAGUGGGUUGGUCUGGGUUUCCAAGGCUGUCUGUGUGCACCUGGAAGCCCACACUGCAGCAGCUGUGCGUCAAGCAAUACAAGGCCAUCCUGGAAUUUAUUUUCUGUACCUCUUGGCAUUGAAAAAAAAAAGGGAUGGGAAAUACAGUGGGGUCUGUUCACUGCUGGGCUGUGGAGAAGAGCUGGAAAUCCAUACAUGACCAUGUGUGACUGGCCAGCAGGAAUCUUUCCAAUCCUGAAUCCUGAGAUGUCUUCAUGUGCCUGUGAUGCCCUGGCAGCAGGGACAAACCAAGGUGUGUGCCAUGGAUGGGAAUGGAGUGAAGUGAGUGUCGUGAGUGGGACAGAGUGAGGUGUGUGCCAUCACCCUCGUGCAGGAGGACGCUGCGCUGCGCUGGGACUGGAACGCUGCUUCUCUGCAAGUUCUCAGAGUGAGCAAGGACUAGUGACCAAACCUGUGGUAAAGCAUGGAGUAACUUACAGAGUUUGGAGAUUCUUCAUCUCCCUUUUCCCACGUGCUUUUUCCUUUUUUUUUUUUUUUUUU